UCCCCCUAUUUAAUACGGGCAGACUGGAGUCCCCUAUCCAGCUCCAAUAGAGCAAGUAGAGCUGCUCUUGUGCAACCAACACCACCACCACCUCCUCCAUUGAUUCACAGACUUCACAUUCCCCCACAAGCAGCCCAUCAGCUUCCACAGUGAUCAGAUUAAUAACAACAGUAGCCUGUGAUCACACAGGAGGAGAUACCCGGCGCUGCUCGUCCUCCGCGGGAUACUUGGAUACAGCAACAGGAUCCAUCCCUGCUCCUCUCUCCUCUUUUUUCUCUGAUCCACACCUGUGUUUUCCACUUUUGAGAACACCCGCUGUGUUUCUUUUUUUUGAGUAACUACUUGGAUACCUGCGAGUUGUCCUUUUUAUAAAUGUCGGACUGACUAUAACUGCUAUGACAGGGAAACUAGCGGAGAAGCUCCCUCUUACGAUGAGCAGUUUAAUAAAUACGAUCCCUGACAGUCUCUACCCAGAAGAGGACAUCCCGACGUCUAUGAAUAUUUUCACCAGUACGGAAUCUAUUAACCACUAUUCACAGAUGAAUACAGAUAAUAUCAUGGAUCUGGGCAUGGGAGGCGAGAAAGCAGCUGCAGAGAUUCAGUAUGGAUCCAGCUUCCAGUCCAACCGCAGUGGGCAGACUGUCACCUAUCUGGGGAAGUUUGCCUUUGACACCCCUCCGUCAGGGGGCAUCGGGGGCUCCGGGUGGUGCUCUGACAACAACAUCAUCAGUCUUGUCAGCGCGGGGAUCCUGGGCGUUUCUCCAUCACCCGGCACGGUAACAUCGCAGACAUCGUCCUCCGCAGCCAGCAUGGGCGGACAGACGUCAGACAUGGAGCAGGUGUACGGUCCCCCGCUGCCUGCCUACUCCACCUGCAGCGACCUAUACCAGGACCAGGUCUCCUUCCACCACAGCCCUGCCACCAGCACCGCCCUCGCCUACCCGGGCAAUGACUAUCACUCCACAUCCAAAGCCUCCAUGGAUGGCAGCCUUUUCUCCAUGAUCCCCGACUACAACCUUUUCCACCAUCAGGGCGAUGUCGGCGUAAUGGAGCACAAGCCCUUCCAGAGCAUGGACCCCAUCCGAGUCAACCCUCCACCCAUCACACCCCUGGAGACCAUCAGGGCGUUCAAAGACAAGCAGCAGAUUCACCCAGGUUUCAUGGGCGGUCAGCAGCACCCUCCUCAGCACCACCCACCGCCACAGACUCUCACCCUCAAACCCAUACGACCUCGGAAGUACCCCAACCGUCCCAGCAAAACCCCCGUCCACGAGCGGCCGCACGCCUGCCCGGCAGAGAACUGUGACAGACGCUUCUCACGCUCAGACGAGCUCACACGUCACCUCCGCAUCCACACAGGUCACAAACCCUUCCAGUGCAGAAUAUGCAUGCGCUCCUUCAGCCGGAGCGACCACCUGACCACACACAUCCGUACACACACCGGCGAGAAGCCCUUCUCCUGUGAGUUCUGUGGACGCAAGUUUGCCAGGAGUGACGAGAGAAAGAGACACGCAAAGGUUCACCUGAAACAGAAGGACAAGAAACCGGCUGACAAGAGCAGUGGGGCGGCUGGGAGCCACAGCUCGCCACCCAGCUCCUGUGGGGGGCCAACAGUGGGAACGUCAUGACCACCACUACACACACUUGGACUGGACCCUCACCAUGCCCCAUAAAGAGACUUGGGAAGCCAGGAUCACGUCCACUACGAGAUAAAUAGGUGACUCUUUUACUGUCUUUUACAUCCCCCGCUCUUAUCAGUUCCUUCUAUUUUGAGAUGGAUGACUUUUAGUUUCAGAAAAAAAGGAGAAAGGCUGCUACACCCUUCUCUUUCAGCUACUGUAACGCAGUGCCAACACAAAGAAGGGCACCCUGGCACAUUCUGUCCACAAGGCCACUUCAUAGGUUUUUGGGCUGGAUACACUUUUGUAAAUUGUACUGAAUAUUUCUAAAUUGAUAGGAAGCCAAGGGUCAAAAAACAAAAUGACAGUGGAGCUUAUUUAAAGGGUGAGUUGUCUGGGAUGUAUGCAUUUAUUUUAUUAGGCUGUUUUAAAAAAGUGCAAUUGGUUAUAUUUGUGUACUGUCAUGGAUACCUUAUUAGUGACACUUAACGGUCUUUUUGUUGUUUUUGUUGAGGUGUCGUGUUUUUUUACUUUCUAUUUGAAUGUUGUUUUCUCAAAAGAAUGUGCCAAAUGUAUUGUGGUGACACAGCCAACUUUGUUUUUUUUAUUAUUGUGCCUGACAUCUGCCAAACAUAACAGUGAUAUCAGCUUAGCACACAUGUUGAUUUAACGGGAAGAUCCAAUUCAAAUAGAUUUACCUGCACAAAUUGGUCUAGAUAAUGACUGAAUGGGUUACACAAAGCAAACCGAUGUCUUGUCCUGUUACCUGUACUUAUAAAAACAAACAUGCCUGCAGCAAUCAAUGCCUCUGCCAAUACUUUAUUUAUUCGGAGUCACUGAGAGACACUGUGUAUUUGUGUUGCCUUUUUUUUAUACGGUGGCUUUAUGUGGCGUUACCAGAUAUCAUUUCUGUUUUUGAAAAGCUCACCAAUACUGUUUAUUUUUCUUGAGUUCUGCAAUUAUAUGCAAUAUAUUCAUAACACGUGCCACUAACCCGUAAAUCAGACGAACCAAGAGCACAGUUACACAGACUGAACUAUUUAAAUAAAUAACACUGGGUUGUAAACCAGCAGUAUAUAAAAGCAAAGAGGAAUGAAGGAUUCACGGUGUAAAAAAGACUAAACUACUUGGUAUAAAUAACCAAAAUCAGACCAGCAUAUGGUAAGGGAAAAAUAAAAAUGUCCAUAUCCAUGUUUACAUCUUUUCUAAAACAGAGAGACUGAGUUGUGACUUAGGGACUUGUUGUUUUUGUACAGUAUACACACAUGUAUGCAGGUAGCUAUACAGUAGAAUUUUCAGUUUUGUACUCAAAUGUCAAAUGCACCAUAACUCAGUAUUAAAUUGUGCAUAUAUGUGCAUGCCUUCGUGCACACUAUGUAAAUACAAAUGACUGCAUAAACAAGAACUCUCAAUUGACUGAA